GUUAAGUGAACGAUAGAUGUGUCAGGAGAUCUGAGCUCUUCUGGGAAGACAAUACUCAACAAGACCCUACACCGGAGUUUCUAACCUAGCAGCUGGUUUACUCUUACGCGAUCUAAGUGUUGGACUGCGGUUGGCACAACAAAAGCAGUAUUGGAAGGGGACCAGAGACACCAAAUCAUCAAAUCACCAUGGGAGACGCGACAAGUUCCUCGAGCAGCGGGAACACUCUCGUGCUAGAAGGACGACCCGAGUCCGAAUUCACACCCAUUCUCCACACACGGAAACAGGCCCGGCUGAUAUGUCUGGAAGAGCACGCGGUGUCCCCAUUCCCCACGCCCGCCAUCUCGUCCACCUUCGGGACAUUCAAGCCCUCGUACGUGGCCGGGCUUAAAGACCGGCUGGGGGAUAUUGCGCUGCGGGUCAAGAUCAUGGACGCCAACAACAUCGGCGCGCAGAUCAUCUCCAUGAACCAGCCCACGGCGCAGGCGUUUGUGGACCUGGACGAGCAGCUCGAGUGGUGCCGGAUGUCGAACCAGUUCGUCUACGAGAACUACUGCCAGAAAUACCCGAGCCGGUUCUUCGCCUUUGCGACGCUACCGACGCAGAGCGGCGAGGCGGCUGCGACGGAGCUGGAGCGCUGCGUGAGCGAGUACGGCUUUGUCGGGGCCAUGAUCAACGGCUUCACCAACACCUCGGAUCCGGCCAAAGGACUGUACCUCGAUCACCCGCAGUUCGAGAAGCUCUGGGAGGUCUCUGAGCGGUUGCAGAAGCCUAUCUUCAUCCAUCCCCGCGUGCCGCUCGCUAGCAAUAUCAAGGUGCUGGAGGAUAUGCCGAUCUUCCACGGCGCCCCAUAUGGCUUUGCGAGGGAGACGGUCGAGCACGUCCUGAGGUUGAUGUAUAGUGGGGUGUUUGACCGGUUUCCGAAGUUGAAGAUCUGUUUAGGUCAUAUGGGCGAAGGGUUAUCUUGGAUCCUGCCGAGGACGGAUACCACCUUCCGUCUUUAUACUGCUGAGGCGCAAGGUCCGAAGAAGAAGCGAUUCCAAGACUAUUUCCAGCAGAACAUCCUCCCCAACACCAGCGGGAUGCCCAGGACGGCGGCCCUCAUGAACCUGAUGGCCGAGUCGAGGGUCGAGAAUAUCAUGUUUGCCGUGGACUACCCCUACGAGUCAAUCGCCGAGAUGAGAGCCUGGUUCGAGACGGUGCCUAUAUCGGACGAGAACUGGAGGGAUAUUGGGUAUCGUAAUGCCAUCAGGCUGUUUGGACUGCCUCUUGAUUAUGAUUAGCGGUGGAGUGCGCGUGGUUAGAUAAGAUAAUGUCUCUGGCACUUGCCGCUGAACCUGUUUGAUGGCGUGACACGAAGCGUC